AUGGCUUCCAACGCACAGUCUCCGUCCUUGUGCUUUGCAUUCUGCAUCGAGAAAGGGAUGGAUAUCUUCGGCAUUGUUGGUGCUGACGAAUGCCGGUGUGGUGCUAGUGUUCUGAAUGCUGCCAUCAUCCGGCCGGACGAAGAGGUGGCGCGGAGUUUCGCAUUCAAUCCUGAUCGUUUGCGUCCUCGGGACCCGUCAGAUUGUGAUGUGAAGUUUUACCGCUACAUUGGUUUCUAUGAAGAUGGGGGUGUGCCAAGGAGCAGAACCAACAUAUUGCAAAGCGAUUUGUCGUACGUCACUUUGAUGACACGGAACCGGGAUUCGGAUCAAAUGGAAGAGGAUUUGCCGGUCAAGCUCAGGGACCUGCUCCUUUUGCCCGCGCAGCAACGAGAAGCCUUGAGCCAGCAAGAGGUGCAAGAACUUCCUGGAUGGAUGCGGAAAUGCUGGCCGCACAAUUGCGCAAGUGGCGCAGGCUUGUGGUCGAAUCGCACAGCCGCUCUUUCUGGAGAGGGGAUUUCGCAACAGUGGAAGACUCACGUUGUGGUCCCGUAUGUUUUCGAUGAACGCUUGGAUGGUGGACGAAAGGAAGUCUUCCGUGCUGCUUGCCAAGCUUACAUGUCGAAGACGUGCAUACUUUUCAUGGAGCAUUCCAAGCCACCAAAUCAAACCUACGCGUCUGUUGGCGUGGAUGACUACACCUCUUGCUAUAGUGCCUUCAUUGGGGCCGCUGACAACUCUAGGAUGAACCUUGGUUGGUGCAGUACCAUCCGUGAACUUGGAUCGGUGAUGCAUGAAUUGGGACACCUGCUCGGCAUGGAACACGAGCAGAAGCGUCCAGAUUCACAAAAGAAAUAUUUCGGGAAGGGCCCAUACUUGGUCAUGAAGUGGGAGAAUGUCGCGCCUGGCUGGGAGUAUCAGUGGGAAGUCGACUCGAAUGCAUACACGGGCGACAACGAGUCCGGCUAUGCACCUUAUGACUUCGAGAGCUUAAUGCAUUAUGCACCCGUGUAUGAUGAGUUUGACACGAUUCCAGCGUCAGCUAAAAUGUUGGUUGGAAACCGCAAGCAUCUGAGCGAUUUGGAUCUGCAGCAACUGCUGGCCAUGUACAAGUGCGAGCGCCGUGCCUGA